GUUCGGAAGGGAGGUAGAUCACGAUAAUACAACUGAAAAAAGAAUAUACCAGAAAUUGUUAAUGACCAAGUCUCCGUGUCAGCUCAGGUCCUUCCUCUAGAUUAUUUUCUAGCCUACUUUGCGUGCUAUCACACAGACGCUUCCCUCUUGUUUCAAUGCGUGAUUGAAGGGAAACUUCUUUUGGGAAGUGGGGGGACUACUUUAGGUCAACUUUAGAAAGAAAUCUUACUAACUUAUUGCAUACGCUUACGGGGGAACGCGGUUUAGUAUAAUAUACGCUACUCUUUAAGCAUAAAGAGCAAAGUGUGAGCUGGGUUGGUAUUUUUUCUAUCACAAGUGUUAUGUUUUUACUACGUCGCGGAAGGAUCCUUUUUUCAAGCGAGGGUCGACAUAUCCGCCCAUUUUUCCGAUGUUUCAUUCCCCCCCGAGUUGAAAAUGGAGUUCGAUUAAAGCAGAUGUCCAUCAAGUUCUCAAGGAAAUUUCAAGUCUAUGUAUUUUUACUUUAACUGUCGGUGCUAAUACUGAAAACAGUCGGACCAUUUUGGGGGGCAUUGGAUGCCUUUACUGAAAAUUACUCGGACACGUUGACGGAGCAACGCUGCACAGCGCUUUUUCAAGUGUUGUCCUGGACCUGAAGUUGGCGAAUGGAUGCUCGACAGCCAGCCAUAAAUAACCUGCCAAACGAUACAACCUACAACGAUUUCUACAUUUUUUGAGGAUCUAUGCACCUUUUUGCAAGCCGGGGAUUUGUGUCAGUUGAAGAGGAUGGUCCAGAUGGCCCAUUUGUUGUGGUCGGAUUUUACUUCCAGGGAGGAUAAAAUGAAUCAACGAUUGUCAUUCCUCCUCGCGAUUUAACGUUACAGCCCAGCCAGCAAAAGCUAACGUCCAGCUAGCUUCACUUGCUUUUCAUAGGGACGCUGAGUUAGGCAUGCCCCUUGUACGCCGUUUAUUUACUAUCCGAAAUAGGGGUUAUUUCUGUAUGUGAAGGAAAAUGGUGAUAUAUGUGGUAUUUUAUCCCGCCGUCACUGCGUCGUCGAUGCUAUUGCUAGGAUUUGGAUCCCCGUGAGGAAAAAAAUGAGUGAAGAUUCAACAAAUCCAAACAACGAUGACAGUUAUGCGCGUGUGAGAGCAGUGGUCAUGACUCGGGAUGACUCCAGUGGUGGGUGGCUUCCCCUGGGCGGUGGAGGACUUAGCUGUGUCACUGUCUAUAAGGUCACCCGGGCGGAGGACACUAACAGCACCCACAGUGGAGGCAGUGGAGGAAGCAGCAGCAACCUUAGCCCCUGUAGCCCUAGUCCUAGUCCCAGUCCAAGCCCUAGUCCCACCGCUGUGGAGUUCCACAUCAAAGGCGAAAGGCUCAAAGACAAAUUGGUGGUACUGGAGUGUGUGCUGCAGAAAGACCUAGUAUACAACAAGGUCAACCCCAUCUUCCACCACUGGAGGAUCAACGACAAGAAGUUUGGACUGACCUUUCAGAGCCCUGCUGAUGCCCGUGCUUUUGACCGGGGAAUACGGAGGGCCAUUGAGGACAUUAACCAGGGUUGUCGACCGUUUGGGGAGGGCGAUAAUCCAGAGGAUGGACUACCGGUGUGUGAUGAGCCUCCUUCCAUCUGUACCCCGAUGAAAGAGCCCUUCUCUCCUCUGAACAAUGUCGUCUCCACCGAGCCAUUCAGGGGCUGCUACGUUCGCGCCCAGCCCUUUGACGAGUUCCCCUCCAGCAACAGGCGCUACCUGCCUCCACAGUCAACUCGCCGUGUCAGUUUUCGCAUGGAUGAAGAAGAGAUCGUCCGCAUCAACCCACGCAAAGACGUGCUCAUCCGUGGCUACGAGGACUACCGUCACCCUGUCAUGUGGAAACCUGAACCUGACCGUGAGGACCUGGAUUUCCCCACUGCAUUUCACAAACUGGACAGUAAGAAGUGCGAGUACCUCUUCCCCGAUGGCCCCGGUGGAGACUCCCACUCAGGCCCUGGAAUGGGUAUAGGAACAGGUAUAGGGCUUGGGCUGGGCAAGGACACGGCCAUCAAGACUCAGCCGUCGCCCCUCAUGAAGUCCAAAAAGAGCAGACGGCGGCGAGAGGACGGCGAGCGUUCACGGUGCAUCUACUGUCGGGAGAUGUUCAACCACGAAGACAACUGGCGGGGGCAGUGCCAGGAUGCCCCCGACCCAAUUAAACAGUGCAUCUACAAAGUCAGCUGUAUGCUAUGCGCCGAGAGCAUGCUGUAUCACUGCAUGUCUGACUCAGAGGGUGACUUCUCAGACCCCUGUUCAUGUGACACUUCUGACGAGCAGUUCUGUCUGCGCUGGCUGGCCCUGGUGGCGCUCUCGUUUAUCGCACCCUGCAUGUGCUGCUACCUGCCUCUGCGCGCGUGCCACCACUGUGGCGAGGCCUGCCGCUGCUGUGGGGGCAAGCACAAGGCCGCGGGGUGACCCGACACCGGACACUGGGACGCCAUCAAAGCUAGCAAACAAAGGAAGUGGAUAAAAGCGGAAAAUUAUAAGCUGGCAUCCUUUUUUCAUUCCCCUCUCAGACGGGGUGAUAUGUUGUUGAUCCCCACUUUGAGGGCUUUUGGAGAUUUCAGUUUGUGUUUGUCGCCGACAAGCAGCAGCGGAGGACAAAACCAUAUGCUUUGUGGGGGGUAGGGGGCUCUGAGCAUCAAGCUAAGCUCAGGAGCUUAAGCUGAGGAGAAGAAGAGGAGGAGGAGAAGUCACGAUUAAUAGACUUGGAGAUGUUACUACACACAUCUGCACAUGCAAACACACACACACCUCUCUCACAUUCACACUCAUAAGCCAGGCCACAAAUAUCAGACUUCUAGUACAAGUUAUGUGUAACUUCAUGAAGGAAAAUUGUCUUUUGUACAGAGAGCGACGACUUCACGACAAAAAAAAGAAAAAGAAAUCAAAACUAUACUGCGCUGAGGAAAAACCGUACUUGCUGUUUGGGUAUGCUAAAAGGGAUAUGUUUUUGCUUGUUUGUGAAUUUGCAGUUAGGUAACAGUGGCCUUUCCUUCAUGGCUUAAGCAUUCGCUGACAAUGUAAUUAUUAGACAGAGAAAAGUGCACUAUAAAAUGAUAUUCCCCCCGAGUAAAGGUAAUCCUCUGAAAUUCUUGUGGUAUAUUAACCACCGUGUUCUAUUGUAAUUUUAAUGCUUGAGAGUAGUUGCUGUGGUGGAUGUCUGGCCAUUUGAUUUCCUUCUUUCCUUUCCAUCACUUUUUUUUAAGCAGUGUAAUAGAUUGAUUUUGAAGGUCCACCUUGGCACAGCUUGCACAGUUCAUUUAAAAGACGUUAAAAUGACUAACUCGCCUUCCUGAGGUGAUUUAGAUCGUUUGAUUGCAUUCCAAAAUAAAGGGAUCGAUUCUACGAUUAGAAGGGAAAAAUAUGGUAACAACUUCACUACAUUAAACACCCCCUCCCCCCCAUAUAUUUUUAGUUCCUCAUAAGAAAAUUGCAUUUUAGAACCAUAUAAAUAGAAACCAACACACAACAGUUUCAUUUACUUCAGUGAAUCUCAGUUAUAGUCCAGUUAUUUACUGCUGUAGUGAAAUUGGUGGGGUUUUUUGUUUGUUGUUAUUUUCUUUUCUUAUUUUCCUGCUCAUUUUUACAAUUAGUUCCUAAUCGAGUGUUAAAAUGUUGCUCAACCAGCAAGUUUUGUUUUGGUGAGGAAAGGGGUUACAGUGCUCCUUGGUUAAAAUGACAUGGCACUUAAAUUAGACUAUUCUUUGACUGAUAAAACUCCAGAUUUUGGAAUUAGUCUGUUCAAAUAUUAAGUUAAAAUCCUGUUUUUGUUUUGUUUUGUUUUUUUAGUGGGUUAAAAAUAAAAGAGACAAAACCAAAAAAAACAACCCUCUUUUUAAAGCACUGCUCUCCAAGCUUUGGUUGCAGCACCCUCUUAAAUUCCCUUGUUUGACCUCUGAAUCUUUCUGUUUUUCCCCUUCAAAUGUUGUGCAAAUGUGGUAUUACAUUGUUCCUUGAAAGUUAGUCCACUCCUUCCACGAAUGAAUGAAUGAACGAACGAGUGAAGGAAUGAAUGCAUUGUUUUGGGAACGCUGAGCAUCUCAGCUAUUAAACCCUGAGAUGUUCUGUGUGUGUGUGUGCAUAGGUCUGCAUACGCAGAGGUGGUUUUAUGUUACGUAACGUCACCAGUGACUACGUGAUUCAGGCUUUGACUCAUAACAGUACUGACCACCAUCCUGCUUUUGGAAGCCCUGGCUUCAGAGUAAACAAAGUAAUGAAAUGCACUCAUCGGCUUUCUUGCCAAGUUAGAUUGAGAAGAGUGACGCUCGUUCUGUUAAUAUGAAGACUGAAAGCAGGUGGAAGCAGCUAACCGAGAUCUCUAAAUUGCAUGAAUCCCUUUUCCCUUUAAAUUUAAAAAAAAAAAAAAGUAAUCAAAAAGCGCAUUUUUAAAAAAAAAAUGAAUUACAUAUGGAUGCACGGAUGUUUAAAAAUAAAUUGGCCAACGCCAGCACGAUAUUUUUCCACAUUUUAAUGUGUUUUUUGUUGUUAUUUAUUCCCGUCUUUGUCCAGGGAAACAAAGAAAUCUUCACCCUAAAUAAGACUGUUAAAAAUCUUCUUCAUCACAUUGGGGUUUUUUUUGUUUUGUUUUGUUUUUAAUACUCACAAGAAGAAGAAAAAAAGGCGGCGUGGAGACCAGAGAUUAUGGAAUGUCAGUGAAAUUCGGAGUCUUGUAGUGAUGACAGAUGGAAUAACAGUUAGCGGUGCGAAAUGGCUAGAAGCAACAAUUUGAAACAACUACCAAUGGGAUGGCAAGGGAUACUGCUGACUG